GUCAAGCACGCGCCGCGCGCUUACCAUGCGCAGCUGCGGGCCGGCGUCUUGAUUCCAGGUGUUUCUCUUAGGUAGAGGUGUGCUGUGCUGUUUGCCAGGAUGUUUCAUGGUAUUGGCUCUGCGGAUGGGGAAGAGGAGCAGGCGGAGGAGGAUUGUCCUGAAUUGGUCCCCAUUAAGACGAAGCAAAGAGAGGAGAAGGAGGAAACGUCUGGUCCCGGCGCUAAGAUCCCAGUCACAAUUAUCACCGGGUAUUUAGGUGCUGGGAAGACAACACUUCUGAACUAUAUUUUGACAGAGCAACAUAGUAAAAGAAUAGCAGUGAUUUUAAAUGAAUUCGGGGAAGGAAGUGCGUUGGAGAAAUCCUUAGCUGUCAGCCAAGGUGGAGAACUCUAUGAAGAAUGGCUGGAACUUAGAAACGGUUGCCUCUGCUGUUCCGUAAAGGACAGUGGCCUUAAAGCUAUUGAGAAUUUGAUGCAGAAGAAAGGGAAAUUUGAUUACAUACUGUUAGAGACCACUGGAUUAGCAGAUCCUGGUGCUGUAGCUUCUAUGUUUUGGGUUGAUGCUGAAUUAGGGGUUGAUAUUUAUCUUGAUGGUAUCAUAACUGUUGUGGAUUCAAAAUAUGGAUUAAAUCAUUUUGCAGAAGAAAAACCUGAUGGCCUUAUCAAUGAAGCUUCUAGGCAAGUUGCUUUGGCGGAUAUCAUCAUCCUCAAUAAAACAGACUUGGUUUCAGAAGAGGAUUUAAACAAAUUAAGAACAACUGUUAGAUCAACAAAUGGACUGGGAAAAAUUUUAGAAACACAAAAAUCAAGAGUUGAUCUCUCAAGUAUAUUAGAUCUUCAUGCCUUUGACAGUCUCUCUGGAAUAAGUUUGCAGAGAAAACUUCAGAGUGUGCCAACAACACAACCUCACCUUGAUCAGAGUAUUAUUACAGUCACAUUCGAAGUACCAGGAAAUGCAAAGGAAGAAAGUCUAAAUGUCUAUAUUCAGAAUCUUCUGUGGGAAAAGAAUGUGAGAAACAGGGAUGACGACUGCAUGGAGGUCAUACGACUAAAGGGGCUGGUGUCGAUCAAAGACAAACCACAACAAGUGAUUGUCCAGGGCGUCCAUGAGCUGUAUGAUCUGGAGGAGACACCAGUGAGCUGGGAAGACGACAGUGAGAGAACAAAUCGAUUGGUCUUUAUUGGCAGGAAUUUAGAUAAGGAUAUUCUUAAACAACUAUUUAUAGCUACUGUGACUGAAACAGAAAAUCAAUGAACAACACAUUUCAAAGAAGAUCAAGUUUGUCCAUAACACUAGAAGCAUCACCAAAAGGAUUGGAUGAUAAAAUUGGGAAUAAGUUUCCUAUUGGAUGUAUUUCAAGCAUCUAUUCUUUGCAUUACUUCUCUUACGAAUUCCAGUGUAAACUUUAAAAUAGUAUUUAUUUUAUAGAAUACAUACAACAUAGUAAAUCAGUAUUAUAAAACAUUUGAUAUUCAUACAAUAAAAUACACUGUCCUCUGA